AUGAAGAAUCGGGGGGACACCAUCAAGAGGCUCGAAUCUCAAGUAGGAUAUCUCUCUCAGCAGAUCCCUAAGCCCACGGAUAGCUUCCCGAGUGACAGUGAGAAAAAUUCGAAAGGAGAAGCAAAUAAGGUGAGAUGGGAAGAAUGUAAGAUGGUCACUAUAAGUGAUGAGGAGAAUUUGGAAGAAAUGAACAAUCCAUCAGGGCACCUCCAAGGUGGUUCAAGAGCGCAUCCAGAUGAGAAAGACCAAAGAAGUGAGCUGACACAAAGAAAACAGCCAGAGGAGAAGGAAGUCUUGAACCCUUAUGCACCCAGGGCACCAUUUCCCCAAAGACUCAAAGGGGGUGGAGAAGGGAAAGUAUACUCAAGAUUCCUAGAUAUGUUUUCAUCUCUCCAUGUUAACAUACCAUUCAUCAAGGCUCUCCAACAAAUUCCCUCAUACAUUAAGUGUAUGAAGGAGUUGCUAACCAAGAAGAAUUCACUGAAGGGUGGGCAAACGAUAGUGAUGAAUAAGGAGUGCAGUGCCCUCAUUCAAACAGAGUUGCUUACGAAAAGGAAGGACCUAGGGAGUUUUCAUAUUCCCUACGCUAUAGGGGAAACAAGGAUUGAUAGAGGACUCUGUGACCUAGGAGAAAACAUCAACUUAAUGCCCUUAUCCCUCAUGAAGAAGCUCCAAAUCAAUGAACUGACACCCACAUAUGUAAUCAUACAAUUGGCUGACAAAACUCAAAGGCAAGCAAUGGGAGUGAUUGAAAACGUGUUGGUGAAGGUUGGGAACUACUUCCUUCCCAAAGAUUUUAUUGUCCUAGAGAUGGAAAAGAGUCACAUCCAUCCAAUCAUCAUGGGGAGACCGUUCCUAGCCACAACUAGAGCACUUGUAGAUGUGGAGCGAGGGGAGCUAAUAUUGAGGAUACAUGAUGAACAACUUACCUUCAAUGUCUUUAAACCCUCACAAGUAAUAGAGCAAGAAAACCCUAAACUAAAGGAUGAUCAUAACAAGACACCUCUGAAAGAAACAAGCAAGGAAACACAAAUAGGGCAUCUGAAAACCCCAAGGGUUGAAAAACAAGAUAGUCAGAUGCUACAACAGCCAAGGAAAACCCAUGGGGAGCUGAACCCACAGUAG